CGGGGAACCAACCAGCGUCGCCGCGGGCACGGGUUAUAAAGUCCACGCAGACCGCGGAAGCCCAGAUCAGAGAUGGGGGCGAUGGCACCGCGCACGCUGCUCCUGCUGCUGGCGGCCGCCCUGGCCCCGACCCAGACCCGCGCGGGCUCGCACUCGCUGCGGUAUUUCUCCACCAUCGUGUCCGGGCCCGGUCUCGGGGAGCCCCGGUACAUGGAAGUCGGCUACGUGGACGACACGCAGUUCGUGCGCUUCGACAGCGACGCGGAGAAUCCGAGGAUGGAGCCGCGGGCGGCGUGGGUGAAGCAGGAGGGGCCGGAGUAUUGGGAGAGGAACACACGGAACGCCAAGAACAACGAGCAGACUUUCCGAGUGAACCUGAAGACCCUGCUCCGCUACUACAACCAGAGCGCGGGCGGCUCUCACACCAUCCAGUGGAUGUACGGCUGUCACGUGGGGCCCGACGGGCGCCUCCUCCGCGGGUACAGACAGGACGCCUACGACGGCCAGGAUUACAUCUCCCUGAACGAGGACCUGGAGACGUGGACGGCGGCGGACGCCGCGGCGCAGAUCACCCGGAACAAGUGGGAGCAGGCUGGUGCUGCGGACAGAUACAGGGCCUACCUGCAGGGCACGUGCGUGCAGUGGCUCCGCAGAUACCUGGAGAACGGGAAUGACACGCUGCUGCGCACAGACCCCCCAAAGGCACAUGUGACCCGUCAUCCUGGACCUAAGGGUGAUGUCACCCUGAGGUGCUGGGCCCUGGGCUUCUACCCUGCUGACAUCACCCUGACCUGGCAGAGGGAGGAGGAAGAACAGACUCAGGACAUGGAGCUGGUGGAGACCAGACCUUCUGGGGAUGGAACCUUCCAGAAGUGGGCAGCUGUGGUGGUGCCUUCUGGGGAGGAACAGAAGUACACAUGCCAUGUGCAACAUGAGGGGCUGCCUGAGCCCCUCACCCUGAGAUGGGAGCCUCCUCAGUCCACUGUCCCCAUCAUGGCAGUCAUUGCUGUCCUGGUUCUCCUUGGAGCUCUGACCAUCAUUGGAGCUGUGGUGGCUGUGGUGAGGAAGAGGAGGAGAAAUGCAGGUGGAAAAGGAGGGAACUAUGCUCCAGCUCCAGGCAGGGACAAUUCCCAGAGCUCGGAUGUGUCUCUCCCAGACUGUUAAGCAUGAAGACAGCUGCCUGGCAUGGACGGAGUGACAGACAAUGUGUUCAGGCGUCUCCUGUGACAUCCAGGAAUCCUCAGUUCACUCAGCAACAGUGUCUGAUGUUCCCUGUGAUCCUAUGGGCUCCAUGUGGAGAACUGGGAGCCCAGCCCAGCCUGCACACCAGGACCCUGUCCCUGAACUGCCUGUGAUCCCUUCCAUAAUCAACCCUCCUGCUCCAGCACAGAGGAGGGGACAUCUCCAUCCUGUCACCGCCAUGCUGCCAUGAGCUGCAUUCCCUGAUUUCCACUGAAAAUAAGAAUCUCAGUUUCAACUUGAUUGUUCACAUCCUUGAUCUGACAGGUUGAUUGGCUGUUAAAUAAAUUAUUGAGAUGGUUGGA